AUGUAUUAUUCUUCUGUGAUCAAGUAUUUUUCUUUGGUAGCUUGUGCCAAUGCACAGCUACUAGAGAUUCCCGCUGUGGAUGCUAUAGUCAGUUCUGCCAUGCUCCCCUUUAAGCAGUAUACGUCCUUCGGUCUAGCUCCAACGAAAAUCGCUUCUGCUGCUGUAAGCUUCAGAACCAAGGCCGCCGUGAACGCCGAAUCUGCCGUUGCAGCAGUGGCAGCAGCAGACACUGCGUACUGGCUAGCAGAUAUCGCUCACCAAGGACUCGCAGCCUUCAACCCGAACCCUUCUGGUUACCAAGUCUUCCGAAACGUGAAAGACUACGGAGCUAAAGGUGAUGGUGUGACCGACGAUACGGCCGCCAUCAAUGCGGCCAUAAGCGCCGGUGGUCGUUUUGGCCCAGCAAGCAGACAAUCUUCCACCACGACUCCCGCGAUAGUCUACUUCCCAUCUGGAACGUACAUAAUCUCAACAUCGAUUAUUGAUUACUAUUUCACCCAGCUGAUUGGCAACCCGAAUGCAAUGCCCGUCAUAAAAGCAACCGCAGGCUUUGUCGGACUAGGUAUGAUUGACGGUGACCAAUACCAGAACGAUGGAAACCAGGGCUGGACGUCGACGAAUGUUUUCUUCAGACAGAUUCGCAAUUUAAAAUUAGACUUAACUUCAAUCCCUGCCGGUACUGCUGCGACUGGUAUUCAUUGGCCGACUGGCCAAGCUUCCAGCAUCGAGAAUGUUGUCAUUGCUAUGAGUUCUGCUUCUGGGACGCAGCACCAGGGUAUCUUCAUUGAGAAUGGCUCUGGCGGCUGGUUGACUGAUGUGGUGAUUACUGGUGGCCUUUAUGGUGCCAAUAUUGGCAACCAGCAAUUCACAAUGAGGAACUUGGCCAUUUCGAAUGCAGUGACCGCAAUUUCUCAGAUCUGGAAUUGGGGGUGGACUUACCAAGGCCUAUCAUUGUCUAAUUGCACAACUGCUAUUUCAAUCAGCAAUGGUGGUGCCGGUGCCCAGCUCGUUGGCUCGGUCAAUAUCCUUGACAGCACCAUCCAAAACUGUCCUACCUUUGUCGAUACCGCCUGGCAGACCUCAACGCUAUCAACUGGCAGUCUUAUUCUGGAGAACAUCAUUCUAAACAACGUCCCGGUUGCAGUCAAAGGCGUCAGCGGUACUGUCCUUGCUGGCUCGUCGGGUUCUACGACCAUUGGCGCUUGGGGACAAGGCCACAGGUAUACUCCAAACGGACCAACCAACUUCCGGGGAUCUUUCACUGCGCCGACACGUCCGAGCGCUUUGCUUGCCGGUGGAUCGAAUAGGUAUUUUACCAAGUCCAAACCCCAGUAUGCGCAAUCACCGGUUUCUUCGUUUGUCAGUAUUCGAAACGCAGGCGCCAAAGGAGAUGGUUCAACCGAUGAUACGACAGCCAUCCAAUCCGCAUUGACAUCUGCCGUGACUGCAGGUCAAAUUGUGUUCUUCGAUCAAGGAACGUACAAAGUUACCCGCACUCUUUAUAUCCCGCCAGGCUCUCGGAUUGUCGGCGAGGCAUAUUCUGUCAUCAUGGCCACUGGUAGUGUAUGGUCGAGUAUUACCAAUCCCAUCCCCGUCAUCCAAAUUGGAAGAUCUGGAGAAUCUGGGUUCGUUGAAUGGUCCGACAUGAUAGUGAGCACCUCGGGCUCCACGCCGGGUGCUGUACUCAUUGAGUGGAACUUGGCAGCAACAUCAGGUUCCGGGAUGUGGGAUGUUCACACUCGAAUUGGGGGCUUCCAAGGAUCUCAGCAGCAGGUUGCUCAGUGCCCAACGACCGCAGCUGUAUCUGCCGCCUGUCAGGUUGCUUACAUGUCCAUGCAUAUUACCAAGGUCGCCAGUGGUGUUUACUUGGAGAAUGUUUGGCUUUGGACCGCCGAUCACGACCUUGAAAGCCCAACCAAUACUCAGAUCUCGGUGUAUACCGGUCGUGGUCUCUUGAUAGAAGGGAAAAAUGUCUGGCUCACAAGAUACGGAACGGGAUCCGAGCAUCACUCGCUGUACCAGUAUCAGUUCUCAGGCGCAAGUUCGAUUGUGGGAGGUUUUAUGCAGACAGAGACUCCAUACUAUCAACCAAAUCCCAACGCAGCCAACGGCCCAUACACUACCAACUCGACUCUCAAUGACCCCGACUAUAGUAGCUGUCUCGGUGGAAACUGCAACUCUCUUGGUCUCCGGAUCCUCAAUACCAAGGAUGUGAACAUCUACGGAGCUGGACUAUACAGCUUUUUCAACAACUACAGCACCACUUGCUCCACAUUCCCCCUUCCGGAGAAUUGCCAAAGUAUGAUUUUCAGUAUCGAGGGUAGUACCAGUGGACUAGUGGUAUAUGGGCUAAACACUGUUGGAACAAAUUAUAUGAUUGUGAAGGAUGGUACUGCGUUGGCGACGGUUGCCGACAAUCUGGCUACCUAUGCUGCUACUAUUGCCUACUUCACCUUCUAG